AUGUCUACUCACCCCCUCCAAUACGCACCAUGGACUUCCGACAUCGAUCUUGGCUUCUACUCGGCCCUCUCGAGGGCCAAGAUUGAAAAGGACAAGCUGGAUGCUCCCACUCGUCGUGUCCUGGGCCUGUACCAAGUCAACCAUCGAGAUCCACCCGAACGCAGUGCUCGCAUGCAGAUACAUGCUUCAGCCUUGACUACUGACGAUGCACCACAAGACUUCUAUAGAGCCGAAGGCUUGAUCCGCAACUUCAACACGGCCGAGGAGUUCAAGAGCGUCGACAAGGCCGCGCAUAUUGAGCGAGCCGGCCGAACCAUCUGGGACGCCAUCAACGACGGAACGAUCUACAGCUGUCCGAGCUUAUUAUCCAGCUUCUCAGCCAUCUGCUAUGCCAACCUCAAGAAGUACCACUUCACCUACCACUUCGCCUUUCCUUGCAUCCACUCUGAUCCACAAUGGCGCUUGACUGGCCCGGAAGAUAAAGGUGCAGAUGAAGCAGUCAAGAAGCUGGGACAGAAAGAGACGGAGACGCUGGUAGAGAACGUGCAGACAUGGCGGUACAGCGUUGACACACGACAACAUGGCUUCUUCCUGGCAAAGCGAAUGCGAAAGUCCGUACUGGAAGGGCAGUGGCGGAGUGGUAAUGGCAGUGGUGAGAUUGAAGAGGAGAAGGACGACGACGGCAACAUGAACUUUGCCGCACAGAAGCGUCGCAAGAGUCGGACACAAAGCUUGGGCGAGCUAGGCUUCCUAUGGUCAAUCGGCUCGUUGGCAAGCUACGAAAAUGGGUUUUUCAACAACGCUGAGGAGGAAGACCGAUUCGUUUGCUUUGUUGAUCCGUCAACAUAUCCUGCGAACCCUGGCUGGAUGCUUCGGAAUCUGUUAGUGCUGGUGCGACACAGAUGGCACUUAGACAAGGUCCAAAUCCUCUGCUACCGCGAUACACAUCCUCGCCGCGAACACCCAACAAGUCUGGUCCUGAAUCUACAAUCUACGACACCUGUACAUCCUCCGAUCGAUCAGAAAGCGCAACAGCUGAGCCACGACAUGCCUACCAUGCAAACAUCGAGUGCUCUUCGCCCGGACGAUGUGGAUGCUUUCGGUGAGCUAGUGGAGCGGAAGAAAGAGCCCGUGGAUCCGGAGCCUUCGCCCCCAAAAGAACAUCCUCCCAAAAUACCUGAGCUGCCGAAGGUCACAGGCUGGGAGCGCAACGAACAGCAGAAGCUGCAGUCGAAGACAGUCGACCUAGCAGCGUACAUGGAUCCCACCAAACUGGCUGAUCAAGCCGUGGACCUCAAUCUCAAGCUUAUCAAAUGGCGAAUAUCACCUUCAAUAGACCUGGAAGCCAUCAAGCAUACAUCGUGUCUGCUCCUUGGAGCUGGCACACUCGGCUCGUAUGUCGCUCGUGCUUUGAUGGGCUGGGGUGUAAGGAAGAUCACAUUCGUCGACAACGCACGAGUCAGGUAUAGCAAUCCUGUACGGCAGCCUCUUUACGAUUUCAAGGACUGCGAAAAUGGAGGUGUGAGGAAAGCCGAGAGGGCGGCGGAUAUGCUACAAGAAGUGUAUCCUGGUAUGGACGCAGAUGGCAUCAAUCUGUCUGUGCCGAUGGCUGGUCACCCGCUCAUAGACGAGCAGGCUGUCAAGAAGGAUUUUGAGAGACUGAAACAGCUGAUCGAGAGUCAUGAUGCUGUCUUCUUGCUCAUGGACUCCCGCGAGAGUCGAUGGCUGCCUACUGUCAUGGGCAAGGCAGCUGGCAAGAUUGUAAUCAACGCUGCUCUCGGCUUCGACACCUAUGUUGUGAUGCGACACGGACUCCGAACAAAGGAGUCAUCCAUACCGAAGGGUGAACAAAGUGCAGAUGGGAAGGUCGUCAAGCACUCCGAAGACGUGCCAGAGUCGCUCAAAGCUGCGGCCAGCGAUCCGAUAGAAUCGCCUUCUGAAAGCAGUAAGCCAGCAAGCGGCACACCAUCGAGUACAGGUCCGGGAGAGGAGGAGCUCGGCUGUUACUUCUGCUCCGACGUAGUAGCGCCAGCAGACAGCCAAAAGAACGCCACACUCGACCAACAAUGCACCGUCACACGCCCUGGUGCCGCGCCUCUGGCCUCAGCACUAGCCGUCGAACUCCUAGUCAGCAUAACCCAACACCGACUCCGUGCCCGCGCUCCAGCACCCAACCCCCCCACCUCCAGCAGCGCCAACGCCAUCCUCCCCGCUCCGCCCACGGAUCCCUCACAGCCUAACUCCCACCCUCUAGGUACAGUCCCACAUCAGUUGAGGGGGUACAUGAGUACAUGGCAGACCAUUCAAGUCAAGUGCAAAGCGUAUGACUGUUGUGCGGCUUGUUCGCCGAGUAUUCUGGAGGCGUAUGAGCGGGAUGGAUGGGCUUUCGUGAGGCGGGCCGUUGGUGAGAAAGGAUUUGUUGAGGAGGUUAGUGGGUUGGCUGAGGUGCAGAGGAAGGCUGAUGAGGCGGAACGGCAGAUGGGAGAAUGGAGUGAGGAGGACGAAGAUGGGUUGGGGGAGGAAGAGGGGGAUGGGGAGUUGGUUUGA